GAGGGGCCGAACUGGGGCCUGACUAGCAGUCGCUGCUGCCACGGUCUUCGGGGCUGCUAUGACCAGCGGACGACGCGCCCUCAGCAGCUCCGCGCAGCGCUAGUCGCGGCCGUGCGCCCGCCGUAGCCGUCUGCGUCCCCAGCUCAGCCGCUCCCGCGGCUCCCUCGGCUCUUCCAGUGCCCCCUGCGAAGCGAGGCGAGGCGGAGGCAGGAUGAAGAUGACGGUGGAUUUCGAGGAGUGUCUGAAAGACUCGCCCCGUUUCAGGGCUGCUUUGGAAGAAGUGGAAGGAGAUGUGGCAGAAUUGGAACUGAAACUUGAUAAGCUUGUGAAACUGUGUAUUGCAAUGAUUGAUACUGGAAAAGCCUUUUGUGUUGCAAAUAAACAGUUCAUGAAUGGGAUUCGAGACCUGGCACAGUAUUCUAGCAAUGAUGCUGUAGUUGAGACAAGUUUGACCAAAUUUUCUGACAGUCUUCAAGAAAUGAUAAAUUUUCACACAAUCCUUUUUGACCAAACCCAGAGAUCAAUUAAGGCACAACUUCAGAACUUUGUUAAAGAAGAUCUCAGAAAAUUCAAAGAUGCCAAGAAGCAGUUUGAAAAAGUCAGUGAAGAAAAAGAAAAUGCAUUAGUAAAAAAUGCUCAAGUGCAGAGAAACAAACAGCAUGAAGUUGAAGAAGCCACAAACAUUCUGACAGCAACAAGAAAAUGUUUUCGUCACAUAGCCCUCGAUUAUGUACUUCAGAUUAAUGUCCUUCAAUCAAAAAGGAGAUCAGAAAUCCUGAAAUCAAUGUUAUCUUUUAUGUAUGCCCAUUUGGCUUUCUUCCAUCAAGGAUAUGAUCUAUUUAGUGAACUUGGGCCCUAUAUGAAGGAUCUUGGUGCACAGUUGGACCGACUGGUUGUAGAUGCAGCAAAGGAGAAAAGAGAGAUGGAGCAGAAACACUCCACCAUUCAACAGAAGGCUGCAUUACAGGAUUUCUCCAAUGAUGAUUCUAAGCUAGAAUAUAACGUAGAUGCUGCAAAUGGCAUUGUUAUGGAAGGUUAUCUGUUCAAACGUGCCAGCAAUGCCUUCAAAACUUGGAACAGGAAAAAGCCCGAUCAUAUCAGACGCUGGUUUUCAAUACAGAAUAAUCAGUUGGUUUACCAGAAAAAGUUUAAGGAUAAUCCCACUGUGGUGGUGGAGGAUCUCAGGCUCUGCACAGUGAAACAUUGUGAGGACAUAGAACGGCGAUUCUGCUUUGAGGUGGUCUCUCCAACAAAAAGUUGUAUGCUUCAGGCAGAUUCUGAAAAGCUGCGCCAGGCAUGGAUUAAGGCUGUUCAGACCAGUAUUGCUACUGCUUACAGAGAGAAGGGUGAUGAAUCAGAGAAGCUGGAUAAGAAAUCGUCUCCAUCCACAGGGAGCCUGGAUUCUGGAAAUGAGUCGAAAGAUAAGCUGUUAAAAGGAGAAAGUGCAUUGCAGCGAGUCCAGUGUAUACCAGGGAACGCCAGCUGUUGUGACUGCGGUCUGGCAGACCCACGGUGGGCCAGCAUCAACCUGGGCAUCACCUUGUGCAUCGAGUGUUCUGGGAUCCAUCGGAGUCUUGGAGUUCAUUUCUCAAAAGUGCGAUCUUUAACUUUAGAUACUUGGGAGCCUGAACUUUUAAAGCUUAUGUGUGAGUUGGGGAAUGAUGUUAUAAAUAGAGUUUAUGAAGCUAACUUGGAAAAAAUGGGAAUAAAGAAACCACAUCCAGGACAAAGACAGGAGAAAGAGGCGUAUAUCAGAGCAAAAUAUGUGGAGAGGAAAUUUGUGGAUAAAUACUCUAUGUCAUCAUCACCUCCUGAGCAGGAAAAAAAGAUUGUCUCCAAAAGUUGUGAAGAAAAGAGGCUGAGCAUUUCUAAACUUGGGCCAAGUGAACAAAUUAGAGCAUCUCCUCAGAGUUCAGUGGUUGCUGUAAAUAGCGACGAGGCCAGGCGGGAGUCUCUCUUCUGUCCUGAUGAGCUAGAUUCACUCUUCUCCUACUUUGAUACUUCUUCAAAACUACGUAGUAUCAAAAGUAAUGACAGUGGAAUCCAGCAGAGCUCUGAUGAUGGAAGAGAAUCUUUACCCUCCACAGUGUCAGCCAAUAGUUUGUAUGAACCUGAGGCAGAAAGGCAAGAUUCUUCUGUGUUUCUUGACUCUAAACAUCUUAAUCCAGGACUCCAGCUUUAUAGGGCUUCAUAUGAAAAAAAUCUUCCUAAAAUGGCUGAGGCUUUGGCUCACGGCGCAGAUGUGAACUGGUCUAAUUCCGAGGAAAACAAAGCAACACCACUUAUUCAGGCUGUGUUAGGGGGCUCUUUGGUUACAUGCGAGUUUCUCCUACAGAAUGGUGCUAAUGUGAACCAAAGAGAUGUGCAGGGCCGGGGACCACUGCACCAUGCCACCGUCUUGGGGCACACAGGGCAGGUAUGUUUAUUUCUAAAAAGAGGUGCCAAUCAACAUGCCACUGAUGAAGAAGGGAAGGACCCUUUGAGUAUAGCUGUGGAAGCAGCCAAUGCUGAUAUAGUGACCUUGUUACGUUUAGCAAGAAUGAAUGAAGAGAUGCGGGAAUCAGAAGGACUUUAUGGACAGCCAGGUGAUGAAACUUACCAGGACAUUUUUCGUGAUUUCUCCCAAAUGGCAUCCAAUAAUCCAGAGAAACUAAAUCGUUUCCAGCAAGAUUCACAGAAAUUUUGAAUUUUUUUUAGAAUGGGGAAAAUAGUAAAUCUAGUGACCCCCUAAUGUAUAUAUCUGAAAACUCACUUAUUUUUACUGCUUUAAUCUACCUACUUAUUUUAGUAGCUAUUGAGCAGUUUGGAGAAAAGAUACCCAUUCAUUGAUAUUUUUAUAAAUCAAAACAUAGAUCUCUUAGCAGUUGGGAGAGGAACCUACUUUAAGACUUACAUUAUUUUAUUUUUUUUUUAAAAAGCCUGUUUAAAGGGCUGUUUUUUAUAGAUGAAAGUUGAAUCUGGACUUAGGCCAUCUCUAGGUUACAAGAUGCUAAGAUUUAUACAGAAUAAUCUUUUCUUCCCAAUGAAUGAUGGCAUUGAUGUUUUUCUUCUGUGCACUGUGCCCAGGAUUGUUCAGUCAAGCCUGUCAGCAUCAAGUGGGGAGCCUGAUGUCCUGCCUGAUUCCAGAAUGUGUCUUUGCUUUAGCUUCCUGGAUGUUGGUGGUUCAAAAUAGGUUUUGCUUUUAUUUUUUCUUGGUAGCUAUUAUAUACACAAUAUGUAAUUUAAUUAUUAGAACUAGAGGAUACAUGACCCCAUUUCCUCAUAAAUGUAGUUUAUCCCUCACGUUAUUGUCCAGUACUUUAACAUACAUACAGUGGCUGUACAGAUUGAUAUAACUCAGUCCUUUAGAUUUAUUCCAUUUUAAGAAGCAAAAAAGAAACCGUUGACAUUUUUUUUUUUCCAAAUUACCAAAAGGAUCUCAUAGAAGUUAUAGUUCUUCAAUGUUGGGUUGAUUUCCUAAAACCUUGACAAUUUUAUUGAUGUAAUAAAACUGUGUUUCAAAGGUUACUUGAAUGUUGCAAAAUUAUGCUUUCAUCAGAUUGUAACUAUCAAAGGAAAAGUUGACAUAAAAUAAUGUAGAACAUUUUUAUAUUUGAAAUGUGCCCUUUUCAAGGUACAUUUUUGCUGUUGCUCCUAGUGAAAGGAAAAUCUCUCUGUAAAAGGAGAAAAAAAGACUCGUUUUUUUAGAUUAUACUAAAAUAUACAGCAAUAAAUUGCUUUUUAAUUCUUCUAACAUCUAUCCUAUGUACUUAUCAUACAUGGUAUACAUUCUUUUAAAUUAUAGCAUCUAUGUAGACUUCCCUGGUGGCCCAGAUGGUAAAGAAUUCACUUGCAAUGU